GGGAGCAAGUGUCGGUUCCUAGAGAGGCCGAGGAGGGCCUGGGUACUGCAAGCCUCAUCCUCAGCCCACCCCGCCUCACAAAGGAGGCUUUGCUUUUUUCCCCGCUUGCAGUAUCAGCGCAGAGACCGGCUGCAAGCAUGUAAUUCUGCAGAGAGAGUAUAGGUCCAUCAGCCUGGGCAGUCUUUGCUCUUUCAGAGAAACCUACAGAAACGCUUGGAGAUCUUUCAGUAUUCUUAGAAGCUGCCUUGUACAGAGCAAAGAUGGAAGAAAACUGCUCAGCGGGCCCUGAAGCAGGAAGAAGCCCUCUUUCCAGCCUGGCUGAGAGCAGUGAGGAGUUCUGGGAAGACACCAUGCAGAAUACCCUGGAAGGAGACACCACCACCUCCGAUAUCCUGUGCCAGAGAUUUAGACAGUUCUGCUACCAGGAUGCCAAGGGGCCCCGGGAAGUUUGCAGCCGAGUCCAUGAUCUUUGCUGUCAGUGGCUGAUGCCAGAGAGACACACGAAAGCUCAGAUGCUGGACCUGGUGAUCCUGGAGCAGUUCCUGACCGUCCUGCCCCCAGAGAUGGAAAGCUGGGUGAGAGAAUGUGGAGCAGAGACCAGUUCUCAGGCUGUGGCCCUGGCAGAAGGUUUCCUUCUGAGCCAGGCAGAGGAGAAGAAGCAGGAAGAGCAGCAGGGUCAGAGGCCUUCAAAAAUGGAUCCUAAUUUCUCCAAGGCAGAGAAGGCCCCAUUGGACGCUGGAGAGAGGCCGCCAUUCAGGUGGAUCGUUCAGGAGACUGAUGGAGGUGCCACUUCGCUGGGUGGUGAAAUCACACUGGCUCCUCAUUCUGGGACAUUUCCUCCUUUUGACGGAACGGAGGCUGCCUCUGUGCAACUGGACCAGGAUCCGGUGACGUUGGAGGAGGUGGCUGUGAAUUUCACAGAGGAGGAGUGGGCUCUGCUUGAUGCCGACCAAAGGGCUCUGCACAGAGAAGUAACAGAGGAGAACUGUAGACAUCUGGCCUCUCUGGGUAAGGCCCCCUCCCCCUUUUUGCUGUUAUUGUUAGUGAACUGGAGGACUGUCACUGAAGAUGUCUGUUGGUGAUCUUUGAUUCUUGGAUGCACAAUGCCACAUAUGUAAAACGCUACCAAUACAGCAGUUCUGUGAUCUCAUGAUCUUUGCAUGGUGGGAUUCAUUCCCUUGUAUUUGCACUUAAAUGGGGGAUCUCUUCCUUCAAUGAUUUCUGCAAAAUCUAUUUCCCACUUUUAUCUUUGCAUUUAUUCAAAACUUGAAUAAAUAUGGACGCCCGUAGCCCAUUCCUCAUCAGGAGGACAUUUCCACAGGAGCUUUAAAAUUGAUAUUUAAAACUGAUUUUGUUUUUGCUUUGUGUUUUAAAUUAAUGUUUGUAUUGUGUACUGCAUUUUUUGUGUUGUGUUUAUGAUUUGUUUGUCAUGUUUUUACUGGAUGUUUUUUAAUGUUGUGUUGUGAGCCGCCCAAAGAACAAUUUGUUAUGGGGCAGCUAACAAAUAAAGUUAUUUGUUAUUAUUA